CGUUGUGUAAAUGUGUGUCGCACCUAAUUGAUAAACAAUUUCAAAAAGAAACAAAUAGAAAAUUAUUUAGUGCAAUAAUUUUCAUGUCUGUCCAUCACGUUUUCGAAAAAUUGUCUCCGGAAAAUUAAGUUAUUUUUUCGGUGUUCAAUGAUUUUGUGAUGUAAAAGUUUUGUUUUAUUCAAAUUACUGUUAAGAUUUUAACAAAUGAAGUCCUUCGAUUGUGAAUCUUCUUCUGAGGGUGAUGAUUCAACAUCGUUCGCUAUUUCAAAAAAAAUACCUGAAACACAUCAGUGGCUUACAACUAAUAAUUUAGGAAAUACGCCUGCAUGGGGAUGGCAAGGAAUUUGCUCUUCAUCUUCUUCAACUGUCAAUCAAUCGUCAGGAGGAUUACCAAAUGACCAACCGUUUAGUUCCUUUUCUCAUCAUUCAAAUGAAGAAGUACCAGGUCGAAGAACUCCUUUAGGAACCGUUGGGGUGGGUGGCUUUUUUUAUUUUCAAAACUCCAAUAAUGUCGGUGGCCCUUCAGGACCCUCGGAUGAAAAUAGUCCUGAACCUGGCGGAAGUAAUAGGUCGCAGCAGCCUGGUCAUUCUGGUUCUCAAAACACAGGCCUAGGGAAGUCAAAAAAUCGCCAAGGAAAGGCAGUGCGUCUUAAUAUUAACGCCCGAGAAAGAAAAAGAAUGCACGAUUUAAAUGACGCUUUGGACGAAUUAAGAGCCGUUAUUCCAUAUGCUCACAGCCCGUCAGUGAGAAAGUUAUCAAAAAUUGCUACCCUGCUUCUGGCGAGAAAUUAUAUUCUGAUGCAGGCAAAUGCCCUGGAAGAAAUGAUCAGACUUAUAUCGUACAUUCAAGGAACGACAACAGGUGCUGGAAUUGUCAUUCCACCAGGAUUUGAUUUGCAAGGAUUUCCAGCAGCUGCCAAGUUCCUUCAGCAACACCAUUCUUUACAAAGAGACGGACUUGGUGGAGGACGAGAUAAUAGCGGAGGCACCGAAGGAACUCUAUAACGAAUAACUAGCAUAUUAGCUUUAGUCUGGGUGUAUGUUUUAAAUUUAUUGGAAUGCAUGUACUUUGAAUACUUCUAGUCAUUUCGAAGUUUUAACGCAAUAACGAAUAAUUUAAUUUAAAGAUAUAGAAUCGUAUUGAAUGACGUUUUAUUUUUAUGUCCUUCUUAUCGUCGUGUAGGGCAUAAGUUAGAGCUGAUUUUUUAAUCGUCUCCAGAAAAUGUGCGAGAACAAAUUCAAACUUGAUAUUUGACACAGCUUUAUAGUUUUUAAACGUCUACAAACUUAUAGCUGCGUAAUUAAUUUCAACUAGAAGUUCGGUUCAAACAAAACUAAAAGUGUGGUGCGUUGAACAGGAUUAAUGAAAACAAUUCAUAAACACAAAGCAUUAUAAGUAAAUUCGAUGGGCCUAUUUAUAAGAUAAUUAGAUAAAAAAUUGAAACCGGUAAAUUUCUCCAGUUUUCUUUUGGGAAAUAAAGACAAUUGAUGGUAAAUAAAACAUUUAUUUUCCU